CGUCUAUUUGGAACGUGCAUCUUGAAAGGCGUGUACAAAAAAGACAGAAAAAAAUUAUCCUUUUCCUGUUAUCGCAUAGGUCUAUAGGCAGAUAUAUCUCAUGCAGACUGUAUUUCACAUAGGAAAAGGCAUUAAAUGCUAAAGAUCUGUUGAAAUGAAAGUGUAGUACAGAAGUGAAAAGUGCAUUUAAGACAAUCGGAAGAAAAUCCUUGAAAAGGGGGACACCCGUGGGGAGAGAUUUCGCGGAGGAGAAAUCUUUAUAUGUGGGAUUGUCCUCCUUAUGGGGGGACAUCUGGCAACCCUGCCACCUAGGUCCAAUACCCGAGGGGGAAAAAGUAGCUUCAGGUACCACCAGUAACCCGACGGAGCAUAGUGGAACCCUGUGGAGCGGUAGCUAGUUCCGGUGGUACCAAGUGGCUCCGCAUGAGUUCCAAUGAGUUUCGUUCAGCCCCAAGGACUUCCAAUGUGCUUCAAUUAGUUGCGUUCAGUUCCACUCAACUUCAAUGAGUUCUGAAGGGUGAGGCUUCUUGGAGCUCAUCGGAACUGAGUGAAACUCAUGUGGAGCCACUUGGUACCACCGGAGUUGCUUUUUCGCCCUCGCCAAUAUCACACUACUUUUGCUUAGGAGGAGGACGUUUUCGACUAGCGUCAGGCGUUGAUCCAGUUAAUCUUUUGCCUCAUCAUGUUAUUCGGUCACGCUCCGCAGGCUGCCUCGAUGGACGUCAUGGUAAACCAACUGCGUCUCGCAGUUUUGCUCGCUGUCCAGCUUCGGCGUAUGCCUGA